UUGAAAGUCCACGCGCUUCUACCAUACAGCCCUCACUCCUCUCCUUCCGGCUUUCAGAUUCAGAUCUCAGAAACUAGCGAUCGAUAUGAAGCUCGAUCCCGCGCCAUCGAUAUGAAGCUCUCCCCGGCCGCGUGCACCAAGCAUCAGCUACUUCCAUUCUAGCAGCUGCAAAUGGAUCGCGAGCCUAAUAUGAAGCGUGUCAUGGAGCAUAUGUUGUUUGAUGCAAGUGCACAACCGCCCGAUUUGUUUUUAUCCCUUCUGAAAUACAUAACGAAUGAUUUCUCCGAUGAUCAGCAAACUGGCAGGGGCCGGGUUUCCACUGUUUAUAAGAAACUGCUUGGAAACGGGACUGUCGCCACAAAGGAGUUGAAUGAAACACUUGGUAUUCUUGCGAACAAAUUCAACGAAGAGGUUGGCUGUUUAAUGAAGACGAAGCAUAAAAAUAAUUUGCAAUUUCUAGAAUAUUGUUGUGAGACACAAGGGAUAAUUGUAGACCACGAGGGGAAGUUCGACAAGUAUACCACUGGAGUAUCUCGUAUACUUGAUCGGAGAAACUGUUAUGAAAUAAUCGAGGGAAUUUGUGAAGGUUUAGAUUGUCUGCAUGUGAAGCGGUGUAUUCUCCACUUAGACCUUAAACCCGCAAAUAUACUCUUGGAUGAUACUAUGGCACCGAAAAUUGCGGAUUUUGGUAUCCCAAGAUGGUUCAUGCAGCGGAUAUAUGGCACCCGAAUUUUUUGGAUGAAAAAUAACAUUCAAGUCAGACAUAUACAGUUUGGGUGUUAUAAUCAUAGAGAUACUAACAGGAGGUUGGUUGUCUAAUAAAGGCAAAGCACAAGAAUAUAGUACGGUUUCUUGGAUAUUGUGCUUACACACAAGAAACAGAGUCCUCUGCUUUGAGUAUCUACCCAACGGAAGUCUUGAAAAAUAUAUCAGCGAUAUAUCUACAUGUGAAUCAAGAUACUAUUCACUUAACCUUAAACUCGCAAUCAUAUUGUUGGAUGAUAAUAUGGUACCAAAAAUAACUGAUUUUGGUCUCUCAAGAUGCUUUGAUUAUGGUCUCUCAAGAUGCUUUGAUGAAAUGUAAAGCCAGACUUGUACUUCAAAUCCGAAAGAAUCAUUGUAAACUAUCUAUGAAUUAGAUAAAUCAGAAUCUUCUUUCCUCUUUUGAGUUGGUAGGAAUUGUAAGAUCUACGAACGAAUUUGUAAAGUUGACAAGGAUUUCUCCACUGAUAAAGACAUAGAUAUGGCCCUUUUCCUUAUUUUAGUGCAAAAGAUUUAUCA